AUGUGUUCAAUGUACAGUAUGAAAUCAGUUUGUUUCACAUCACACAUAAAGGCAUUACAUAAUGAAAAAUGGAGUCGAAAAGAAACGUUUUUAAUCUUUGUAUUCGAUGAUGAUGAUGAUGAUGAUGAUGAUGAUGAUGAUGAUGAUGAUGAUGAUGAUGAUGAUGAUGAUGAUGAUGAUGAUGAUGAUGAUGAUGAGGAUGGUUGGACUGAAAGGGUAUCUGAAAUGACGGAUGAUGGUGAUCUUUCUAAUUUAGAGGUUUAUGGAGGAUUUACUCAUUGA